AUGGAGGAAAGCGAACUUAUCGGCGACGAUUUGCCGCUUCCGCCCGCUCGACUUUUUGAACGCCUCAGCCACCUGCCCGGAUAUACCUGGGAUCAGUCUAUUGAGCCGUUUCACUCGACCUACAAUCAUUGGCACAUUUGUGGUUCGCGUCAUGCGGUCGAAUACGAUAUCUCGACCCCUAUCGCAACCUCCUCCGGCCCUGCUUCCUCGGGGCCAUCCAGCCUCACCCGCUUUUCACCACGCACUGAAUUUCGCCCGUCCGCGCGCAUCAUCCGAAGAGCGAGCGUGAGCGAAACAAGCAGUGAGCUUUCGUUUUCCCGGGGCGAUCAGGAACAGGUAUGGAUCCCCGUUGUCGCGCGUGUUUCCACCAAUGUUAUCAGACUUGAGCGGGAGUUUCAUAUGCUCAGGUCCAUUGUGCAAUCCUCGGAUCCGGACUGUAACUACACGAUCAGACCCCUCGACUUGAUACGACUCCCCCCAGAUCCUGGAGACGUGGGCACACUGUUGGUAGCAAUAUUUGAGUCGCCGGGCCACGAUAGGUUGCGAGAUUUGGUCACAUUUGGCCCUGCUUCUUUUGUAGCCGGGGCCAAGGGUGAUAACAACAGCACGCCAGACGAGCAGAUUCCGUUACCGGCCUUCUUGGACUUCGCGAUCGGGGCUUGUGAUUGCUUGGAAAUUCUGCAUUACGGGGUGAAAACUGUGCACGGAGAGAUUCGUGGGGACGCUUUUCACUUCGGCGCUGAGACCGGAGCAGUUAAACUCGCCAAUAUCGGCAAUGGUGCACGGUCAUUCGACAAUGUUCUCAGCGAAGGCUGGUCCUCUGUUUCUCGCGAGCUUGGCGCAAAGUACAAGCUACAGUUUAUCGCCCCCGAACAGACUGGCAGAAUGCCCACAGAACCGGAUAGUCGUACAGAUAUCUAUGCCCUGGGUAUCUUCUUUUGGUCGAUGCUGGUAGGCAAGCUGCCUUUUGCCGGAACCGACCCCGUCGAAGUUGUUCAAAAUGUCCUGGGCAAGAAGUUGACCCCCGUCUCUGCGAAGCGAAUGGACGUUCCAGAUGCACUUUCUGCCGUGGUUCAGAAGAUGACACAGAAGGUUGUCCAUGAUCGAUACCAUACGAUUUCCUCAGUGAAAAGGGACUUGACGCAGAUAGCGCAGCUGUUGGGUGACGGUGACAGUGAAGCCUUGAACAAAUUUCAAGUUGCGCAACGAGAUGUGUCGUCCUUUUUCACUCUUCCCUCCCGAAUGUUCGGGCGCCAGAAAGAGUACGACACGAUCAUGAACGUCAUCGAAAAAGUCAAUAAGCGACAAGCGUCUACCUCUGCCAAAGCAUUUACGCAGAGCCUAGGAACUGCGCAUCCUCUCGCCUCCACCUCUUCACUCUCAGAAGGGCGUGUGGAUAGUUUUGAGCUUGCAUCCGUCUCUAGCGAUUCUGGCUCCUUCCACUUCCCCCCUCGGUCGAGCUCCAAUGCUACCAACUAUCAUUCUUCUCACAUCAGCACCCUUGAUUCUUCCGCGAGCAGCGAUGUGACGUUCCAAACCUCGAGGCAGGGACAGACGCCCACCAGCCAGGAUAUGUCUUCUCAUACAACGGCGGCCAUGCCGUUCUCUAGCAAAAUGAAGAGUCCGUCACAUUCUCGGUCUUCCCAUACCACAGACCGAGAGAGCCAUCCAUCCAUCGGCACAAAUACGAACAGUCAACAGUCAACCCAUGCUUAUAGCCAGUCGGAUUCCAUGGGCUCCCUUUCCAAACAGAGAGCUGGUGGGAAGUUUCGUCGGAGUGGGCGAUGUGAAGUCAUUGCGAUUAGCGGCGCCGCCGGGAUUGGUAAAACCGACCUUCUCAAUCGAGUACAGCCAAUCAUUCGCAAGUCGGGCUAUAUUGCUAUCACUCGUCUGGAUCGAGCGAAGAGAGUGCCGUUCGAACCGUUUGCCAAGAUUUUAGCCAGCCUCUUGCGCCAAAUUUUCUCCGAGCGCGAUGUCACGACAGAUUAUCACAACAGCAUCCGAGUGGCGCUGCGGCCGUUGUGGCCUACUCUCCACAAGGUGUUAGACCUUCCGGAACAGCUGAUGUCCCCUGGCUCGAAGUACAAACCAAAUUCACCCAAGACCUCGGUUGCCUCGCACAUCGUAACGGGCGAUCCUGCCAAGGGUGAGCCAGCUAAGCGCAUCAACAUUCCCUGGUUGCAGCAAGGUCAAACAUCAGUCGAAUUCUUCUUGUCUAAUGCUGCCUCGAACAAUAUGCGACUAAUGGAAAUAUUCCUCGAGAUUUUGAGAACACUGUGCCAGUUCAAAUUGAUGGUUGUAUGCUUAGACGACCUCGAAUAUGCGGAUGACGAGACCUUGGAACUAGUGUUGAAUAUCAUCAGAGCGAAAUUGCCCUGCGUGCUUAUUCUCACGAGCCGCAAGGAUGAGAUUGCACCGGACAACGUCAGGUCGCUGUUUGAGGCCGACAACUCCAAUAUUACACGGAUUGAGAUCCAGCCACUCAACGAAGCAGAGAUUAUGGAGUUUGUGGCAGCGACAAUGCAUCAGGAGCCCAACCCAACAAUGACUCCCCUUGCGGCCGUGAUUCAAGAGAAGAGCCACGGCAAUCCUUUCUACGUGCGAGUGAUGCUUGAGACAUGUUAUAGGAAGAAUUGUCUUUGGUAUUCGUGGAAGGACUCCAAAUGGCUCUUUGAUCUUGAUCGCAUUUUCACUGAAUUUGUAGCUCCUGUCUAUGGGGAAGGUCUCGGGCUUGGCUUCCUCACCAAACAGCUCCAAGAGAUUCCAUCUGCUGCUCGAUCUAUUAUGGUCUGGGGUGCUCUCCUGGGAAGCCCGUUCUCUUUCUCGUUGGUUCAAAAGCUUCUGACAAGCGAAUUUCUUUUCUCGUCAGAUGAUGAUGACGAGGAAUUUGAUCUCACGUGUCCUCAAAAUGUCACACUGAUUAGGCGAUCUGAAGGUGAUAUGGUCGUUGGACUGCAGUACUUGGUCCAGUCAAACCUUCUGAACCCAGGUAAAACCGACGAUGAGUUUAAACUUGGGAAUGACCGGCUUGCGCAAGCUGCACUUUCUCUGAGCGAGAGCCGCAAUGUGGAAAAAAUGCAUUUCAUCGUUUCACAAGUCUUGAUGAAAUAUUAUCACGACCAUCGCAGUCGCUAUUCGAUGGCUCACCACGUGGCGCUCUCGUCGCGUACUCUAAAGUCUCACGUACCUCAGCGCGUUGACUAUCGACGGAUUUUGUGGGAGGCUGGACAAACUGCUGCCCAGUCCGGUGCUCGGCCAACCGCUCUUUGGUACUUCCGCCACUGCAUCGCGCUUCUUCAAGAUGACCCAUGGGAUGACCGCCAGGUCGACGUUUACUAUGAUGAGACCAUGCGUCUUUUCAUUGCAACUGCCGAAAUGUCGUGGUCCCAGGGCCAUAAUGAUGAUGCCCUCAGCCUGAUCAAUGCGGUCUUCGUCCAUGGCAAGGAUGCGAUGGACAAGUCGAGAGCUUGGAUCAUCAAAGCCAAGAUCUAUGCUCAGCUUGGAGACCAUCAUCGAUCGAUGGAAUCUUUACUGACAUGCCUUGAUGAGCUGGGUGUCCACCUCCGUUCGCCCACGUCGUUUGAGGAUUGUGACAUUGCUUACUUGAAACUUAAGGAUUACGUCGAGUCAGCCGAUCUGGAAGCCAUUGCCCAGAAGCCCGUCAGCAAGGAUCCCAGUUUAGUGACUAUUGGAGCUGUCAUGGCCGAAGCGAUGGCCGUCACCUAUUGGGACGAUGCUCUGACAUUCUAUCGCAUGGCAAUCGAGAUGAUGAACAUUCACAUCUUCCGAGGAGGUUUCACCCAAGUCUCGAUUGGGUGUUCCCAUCUGGCUAUGAUCUCGUUCAGUCGCUUCAAAGACUCUGCUUUCGGGUCUAGGCUCAGCGAUCUCUCUCUGUCCCUUCUUGAGCACUGCCCAGAACUGUGGACUCAAAGCCGAGGGUCCAUAGUUCACAAUCUAUACGUCAGUCACCUACGCGUUCCUAUGGCAUCGACGUUGCCUGCGCUGGAAGCUUCCUUAGAGGCAUCAUUCACAAUAGGCGAUCCAUAUAUUACUUUGAUCAGCAUCUCUUCAAUGGCAAUGAGCAGGCUUUAUCUGGGCCAAGAUAUGGCCCAACUUGAAGCAUUCUGCCUCGAAGCUCCUGAAGAAAUCCCAAGAUGGUCCGAAGAUACUCGCGGCGGUGCAAGCAUCCUUGCGAUCCGACAAGUUGCACGGGCUCUCCAAGGCAAGACUGACUAUCGAACCUCUGAUAAUGUUUUGUCAGAUGAUGAGCACAAGACCAGCGCUUACAUGGCCUUCCUGGAUGCCAAUGCCAGUAAUGUUGACAGACCUCGUGACAUCUACUAUGGCCUUGCUAUGAUCCCCUUGUUCUUGUUUGGCCAUCACGCCAAAGCGAUCGAGGUGGGCACUCAAUUACUUGAGACAACACACAGGCUCUGGUCCGUGCGUGUGUCCUACCUGAUCUAUUUUUACCUCUCUGUCUCACUUCUGUCUCUUCACAAUGACUAUCCUGCCCAAGGAUACCUUGACGGCAAGAUGGACACCGUUCUCCGGUACAAGGCCGAGAUCGAUUUCGCCCGAAGCUGCUCUGAUGCAAACUAUGGCAUGUGGGCGUUGCUGUUGGAGGCCCUUAUCUGUGAGGUUCGGAACGACCACAGCGCUGCCAUCCGGGCUUAUGAAGCUGCGAUCGACCACUGUCAGAUCUAUGGAUGGCCUUUGGAGGAAGCACUUGCUCUCGAGCUGCAAGGAGAAUUUCUUGUUCGGCGCGGUGCCAAGAGAGCUGCCCGUGCUGUGAUGCAAGAUGCCAUUGCCGCAUGGAGCUCCAUCAGUGCCGGUGGCAAAGCCGCAAUGGUUGCAGAGAAACAUGAGUGGUUGUUGAAGACAGCAACCUCAGCCAGAACCGUUGAUGUUGGUUGUCAGACUGUUGACUCGCUCCUUGAAAUCACUCGUGACUCUGUUCAGGAAGAAAUUGCCAUCCCUUCGCAAAUCGAGGAAGAUGAACGGAGACAUCUCUGGAUCGAACAGAAUGGCGUGGCCACCGGCGAGAGAUCCAUGGAUAUCUCGAGUGUCGGUCUCGACAUUAUUGAUCUUUCCAGCAUCCUUGAGUCCAGCCAAGUCAUGUCAUCUGAACUUCAAAUUGAAAAGCUCUUCACGAAAAUGCUCGAGAUCAUCAUCGAAUCAUGCAACGGCUCUGACUUCGCCGUCAUUGCCACGGACUUUGACGAGCAGGGCUUUGCAAUUGCUGCGGCUGCGGAUGCUGACAAGGGCCAAAGGUCCUACCCAGAUGGUCUUCCACUCUCGGAACUGGAGGGACGAAUGGCUCAAGAGAUCACCUAUUAUGUCAUGCGUACAAAGGAAGAGGUCCUUGUCCACAACGUUCUUGAAGACGAGCGCUUUUCCAAUGUCAGUGAAGGAUACCAGGCAAAUUUCCCGCUGGGUCGAUCUGUUAUUGCUUUGCCCAUUGUUCAGGCGGACCAGCUUCUUGGAGUUAUUCACCUCGAAGGGAAGCCCAACUGGUUCACUCAACGAAAUGUAGUUGUGCUCCAUCUACUCUGCAACCAGAUUGGCAUUUCACUGUCGAACGCGUUGCUGUUCCGUGAGAUUCGCAAGGUCAGUGCCAAGAAUGCCACGAUGAUCGAGUCUCAGAAGCGGGCUCUCGCACAAGCACGCGAGGCGGAGCAGAAAGCGAAGGUGGCCGAAGCCGAGGCCAAACACAAUGUCAAGCUGAAAGAGGACGCUGCUCGAGCGAAGUCUAUCUUCCUUGCGAACAUCUCCCAUGAUCUGCGCACUCCAAUGAACGGUGUGAUUGGUCUCUCGGAGCUGCUCAAAGGCACCUCUUUGAACAAAGAACAGGAUGAAUAUGUUGAAUCCAUUCGUGUAUGCGCCGACACGCUGCUGACGCUCAUCAACGACAUACUUGAUUUCUCCAAGUUAGAAGCCGGAAAAAUGAAAAUCUCCACUGUUCCGCUCAAUCUGAAGGAGACAAUUUCCGAGGUGAUCCGUGCUCUCCGUUACACUCAUCGUGAUUGUGGACUGGAUACAAUUGAGGAUCUGGAACGUGUGCCACCUGAGCUAGUCGUUCUUGGUGAUCCUGUCCGUCUCCAUCAGAUUUUCAUGAACUUGCUUAGCAACAGCUACAAGUUCACCCCUAAAGGCUCCAUAACUGUCACAGCAAAGGUUGCCCGGGAAGGCAAAGGCCGUGUACGUUUGGAAUGCUCUGUAUCUGAUACUGGGAUUGGUAUUCCAGACGAGCAAAAGGCCCGACUAUUCCGGCCCUUCUCUCAGGCCGAUGCAUCCACAGAGCGAUCUUACGGUGGCAGCGGACUCGGCCUCAGCAUUUGCAAGGCCAUUAUUGAGGACGUCCUCGGCGGUGCUAUCUGGCUGGAUUCAACCACGGGAGUCGGAACCACUGUGACAUUUCAUCUGGUAUUCAACAAAGCACCCAAGAAAACGGCAGUGAAGGCUCCCUGGUCUCAGGAGCUCAGUCAAGCAGAAACCAAGGAACCUCGAGCGAAAGCACGCGACCUCUCACACAUCCCACGUGACCAGAUCCGAGUUUGUAUCGCCGAAGACAAUCCCAUCAACCAGAAGAUCGCGGUCAAAUUUGUGACUGGUCUCGGCCUCCAAUGCGAGGCCUACAGCGAUGGAAAGCAAGCCGUGGAGGCCCUGCGAGCGCGAUCCAAAGAAGGCAACCCGUUCCAUGUGGUCUUGAUGGAUGUCAUGAUGCCCACUCUUGAUGGCUAUAACGCCACCCGCGAACUGCGGCGAGACCCAGACCCCAAUGUCAACGAGGUUCUCGUCAUCGCUAUGACCGCCAGUGCGAUUGAAGGCGACCGAGAAAAAUGUCUCGACGCAGGCAUGAACAACUACCUCCCCAAACCGGUACGGUCGCCUAUUUUGAGUGAGCUCCUGGAUCGAUACCUUGCGCCGGUUCCCUCCCACCCACGCACUCGCCUGACAAUUCGCGAAAAGGGCUCCCGGGGCAGUAUUAGCUUCGAUGCGGGCACGCCAACUAGUGUCUCCUCCUCGGGGUCGGAUAGAUCUCUGAAGCAUCCGCCACCGUCGAGAUAA